AUGAACGACAUUUAUGCUAGACGACUCGCACAAGGGAUGAUGUUCCACCAGCUUAUGCGUUGCCACGGAACUCUGUGGGCCGCGACGCAAGUGACGAAAGAAAAACUUGACUACAACUUUAUCCGUGAGGAGUUUAUGCGGUCUAAUGGUAGACGCACAAUGCCGCUUCUUAUUGGUGCUGCUGCUGAGGAAAAUCUUCAUGAACUGCAUUUUACCCAUUUGACUGAGCAUUGUGCGUGGGGAGAGAGCGCAAGGGCCUUAGCUGUACAUCGACAGACGCCGUUGUCACAGCGCAUUGCAGCGAUGGGAAGAAUGUCUGAGACAAUUCACCAGACGAAAACCGCGGCCACAAUGCAGAAUCUCUUCAAUGAACAGUUGUCCCAUAUAGAUGGCAUUAGCUCCUUUGAGGAGGAACCCCUUAUCGAGGAAGCCAAUUGA